CAUGUUGACUUCCCUUGAGAUUUCCCGGCUAGAUGCAUAUCAGAAAAAAAUCUCAUCUGUGUUCGAAGACACUUUGUUCUUUAUUAAAGCAACCAUUUUAACUACAUAAUAUAAGCUUUAAAAUUUAUACCACACAUUGAAAAGUAAUUAUACUUAACUGGAUAAUACAGACCCUUAUAUUUUGCACUUGUAUUGAUUCGGGUUGACUGCGUUCUCUAGACUUUGUUUCCAGAAAGAAAGAGAAAUGUAUAUUUUACUUUUUUGUAUUAUCAUUUUUGGCAAAAUGGCCAUAACUAUAAAUCUUCGCAUACUGGAGCAGCAAAACUGUUCGCAGGAGGGCCUGAGAUGCAGCGUAAAUAUAAGCCUAAGUAACUGUUUGGAUGAGCGAUGGAAGAGGCCAAGCUGGGAUUGUCCCACUGGACCAGUGUGGGAGUGCAAGGCCAGUGCGAGACGGGAUGAGAUGGGCCAUCUUGUGCCGGUGCUGAUGGUGGAGUGGAGGGCAAGGAGAGAUGGGAGCAUAGAUGCCUUAAAGGGAGCAGAGGUGCAAGUCACCGAGGCAGGUAGCGGUCAGAGAGUUUGCAUCCAAUAUGUCUUCCAUGACGUAAUAAAAAGGAUGGUCAACCCUCAUGGAGAGUCGUGGUCGUUCUCAAUGGAUAGAGUGACAGUCCUCCCAGGACAGACAUACACAGUCUCUGUGUCACACCUGCCAAAGCCAGACGUAGGGCAUAUGGAGGAAAAUCGGACAUAUACUGUCCCAGGUUGCAGAGAUACCACACUGCAAGAAACUGAAGUGUGUGUGGACCACGGCAGCCUAUGGAAACCCAACAUUACCUGGGAUAUAUCAGCCUCCCCACAAUUUACAGCUGUGGUCAGCGUGGCUUUCAGUGCUGGGAAGUUCUGUGACAAGUACCGGGUGUCAAUCCACUACUCGGGUGUUAAUCAGUCCCUGACUGUCUGGAAGCAGGAAAACCAGACUUCCAUGAAUGUGAGCUUCUCUGUGGGUCCAUGGCAUGAGCCCUGCUGUGAGCUCAUCGCAAUACAUUUGGUGCCUACAUGUGUUUCCGACUUGAACUCCAUCACCAUUCCAAUGUCUUUCCGCUCCAAAAAUAUUAAUUACUGUUUUCAGCCUCUUUUGUCUCUCCAGGAAGAUCAGCUGGGCAAAUGCAUUGCAAAAGGUCCUGAUGAAUUCAGUCUCGGCCAUAGUCUGACUGCUCUGAUCUUUGGACUCACCUUGACUUGUGUGCUCCUAGCUUUUUUACUACACAAAAAUCGCCGGAAAGCUGCCUACUUGGAGGAAAACAGCUUAGAAGAUUCAGGCCACUUCUCCUCAAUUCCAGCAGAACCACAGCAACACUCUCAAGUGAAAAGCAAAAGAAAAGUGCUCGUCAUCUACUCUCUGGACCAUGCCCUGUACAGGGAGAUUGUGCUCAAGCUGAGUGCCUUUCUGAGGGCUAGAUGUGGUACCGAUGUGGUUCUGGACAUGCUGGACACAGCAGAGCUGGGCACAGUGGGCCGCAUGCAGUGGCUGGACUGGCAGAAGCAGCAGAUGGAGAAGUCUUCCGACAAGAUCAUCAUCCUGUGCUCCCGGGGAGUGCAGGCCAAGUGGAACGCCAUGUGUGGCGGGAGAAGGGUGAUGUUGAAAGAGGAUGUGCGCUCUCCCACCGGGGACAUGCUCACUCCCGCUUUCAGCCUCAUCAUGCCAGAUUUGCUGCAUCCGGAUGCAAUUGGGAAGUACAUAGUGGCUUACUUUGAUGAUGUCUCUUCUGAGGAUGAUGUUCCCUCACCCUUCAACAUCACCGUCAAGUACAAGCUAAUGAAGCACUUUGAAGAGCUCUACUUCCGAAUCCUGGACAAAGAGAAAUAUGAGCCCAGGAAGGUGAAUCGCAUCGAAGGUAUAGCUCAGGAUGAAUACUUCAAUUGUCCCUCGGGAAGAGCCUUGAGGGACGCCAUUGAGGCAUUCCAAGCCUACCAGCUUGAGCACCCUGACUGGUUUGUGAAGGAGUGCGUGGAUAGUGAGGAUGAUGCUCUAGAUACAGACCUGCAGUGCCCUCUUCUUGUAGAGAUGCCAAAUAGCUCCGUCUUGCAGUGUGUGCCAGAGUGUAAGGAAGGGCCUCCUGUCUUUUUCAACACAUUAGAUGUGAAUGAGGAGUCUGGGAGCAUUUUUCAACUCACUCCCCUGAUAGAGAAUGGAAAAGGAAAUGUAUUCUCCCAACAUGUUGAUCCAGUUGCUUAUUCAGAGGGAAACCAGGUAUGGUCUGCAUGCUCAGCCGCUCAACUGGAUGACAGAAGUGUGUAUCCCAUGCCCUCAGCUGUUCAGCCGCAGCAAAGUCAGGUAUAUUCUGUAAAACCAGCUGAUCAGGUAGAGAAAGGCCAGCUAUGCUCUGUAUACGCAGCUGUAGAAGAUAUUCAGAGGCUCUAUACAGGUUCUGUUCACCCCACGUUCUCUAGUAAUGUAGCCAUGCAGGAGCUCGCUCCCCCAGCACUGGCCUGGGAUCAGGAGAUUCCUGAAACAGAACAUCUCCACGUGGAGGACCACGAAGAUGAGCCAGUCUCCCAUUGCCUCUCAGCAGAUGUACUGCAGAAGCUGAUGGCUCUUCAGCAGUCAUCGUUGGGGUCUAGGACUUCUCAGGUUCCCUCUUCUGUGGAGGACAAAUUCCCAUAUGGACAGCAGGCAGCAGGUGUCUAUGCUUGGAAUAAGUCACAGAGUGGCUCAGAUCAGGGCUACAUCUCCAGGACCUCCCCCCAGCAGGACUCUCCUCUCAGGGAGGACUUUCAGGACCAGCUGGAUGCUUUCUCCAGGCUGCAGGACACCAAUUUGUCUCAUAGCAUCAAGCCCCCAAGUCACCCAGAUGGAACUCUUGGUAACUCAGGAGAUCAUAAGAGAUAAUAAUGAAGUAAAUGAACAAAAUAAUGGUCCAGAACGGACCUUACAUUCCUGCAUGGAACGUUAACUCAUGUGACAUACACCUACAUAAAAUGGACCCUAUAGUGCACAAUGAGCCACGAGCAUGUAAGCUAGAUGUUAAAUGGUAGACCACACAAAUAGGUAACAACCGAAGCAGCGAUUGCAACCAUCUUCGUAUAUAAGUGAGCCAGAUUGUGGACAAGUGUAAUGGCAAGAUCAGUCUAAAAUGUAUUUUCUGUGCUUCCUGGAUUUUAGGUUUAAUGCUUUUGUUAAAAAAGGCAAAGAAUUUUGUAAAAUGUCUUCUGUGGUUAUCAGGUGUUAAAUCAGUUUCUGGUGGCAGAUGUGUAUGUACUGUAUAUGCAGUGGAGAAAAAAAUAUUGUACAUCACGUUACUUGAAUGUCGGUUGCAGAAUUUAAUUAUUCAUAUUUGAAGGUGUGCUGUAAAUAUGCAAUUUACUUUAUAUAUAUCUAUACCAGGGGUCUCCAACUCCGGUCCUGGAGAGCUGCUAUCCAGUAGGUUUUCUGUCCCACUUGGCUUCUGAUGAGCCACACCUGGUCCUGGUAUUUACCUGAGAACAGGUGUGGCUUAUUAGAAGCCAGAUAUGAUAGAAAACCUACUGGAUAGUAGCUCUCCAGGACCGGAGUUGGAGACCCCUGAUCUAUACGCUUUUUAUCAAACUGUCACUUGGCAUGUUGUUCUUAUGGUGAUUCACUAAAUCAGAAACAUUAAAAAUGUAACGUUCCAAAAAAUUACAACUGAAAAUACUUUUGCAAAAAAUAUGUCAUGAUAUAAUCUUGAAGGCCAUUAAUGCAUUAGGUGUAAAUUUUAAAUAUAAUUUUUUAUUAAA